CUGGGCACGGCCUAUUAGGAAGCGGCGGGGCGGAGCUGUGUGUCUAGGAGGAGGAAGUGGACGCUGCAGAGAUGACCUCCACCCUCACUCAGGGUCUGGAGCGGAUCCCGGACCAGUUGGGUUACCUGGUGAUGAGCGAGGAUGGCGUCCUGGCGAGCGCUGGCGACCUGGAGAAUGACGAGCGAUUGGCCGGCGUGAUCCGGGAGAUGGUGACCACGGCCUGCGGCUUCCACGGACUGGGGGACCAGAUGCCCUUCAAGCGCAUGAGCAUCGUUUUCGGGGAGCACUCCUUCCUCGUCACCAUCUCCGGACAGAAGAUCUACGUGGUGAAGCGGCAGAACGUGGUGCGGGAGCCCAUCAGCGUCUAGGCCGCCAUCUUGGACUUUGUGUAGAAGGAAGUCAGUUCUUGGCAAGGGGGAGGUUUGUCCCCCCCGGUUGUAUUGUGUUUAUUUUGCUUUAUACAUAAAGUUUAUUGAAAGCUUA